AUGGCCGCUACCGGGUCAGCAACGGUAACGGCGGAAGACCCGCCUUCGAAUUUCGACAUGAACCAAUUCCUGCGAAAUACUCUUUCGUCGUUUGUGUUGCCCGUCACCGAACGCGCGAGCGAAGCACUGACAGCUGUCGGAGCUAGUUCCCCUCCCACAACGAGGACCAUGUCCUCGACGAAGUCCGUUCCCAAUUUCUUAUCCUCUGUGGUUGCUCAGGACGAUUGUGCCUACUGUAGCCAAUUACAGCCGGUAGCCGACCAGCUGUACUGCCAACAGUGCACGAAUCUGUUUUCGAACAUGCCCGAAAGAGCCGCUAAUCAUCACCUCCUUAAGAAAAGAGGUGAUAGCAGCGCGAGCCAUCGUCUCUUGACUACCUCCUUCAUCAAUCCAACGAUGUGUCAUGUGGCGGUGCAGACGUGUGCCGACGUCAACGACGGUAUGUUACUUGUUUUCUAA